CUAAAACCCACGCGCUCCUCGUCCUGCACUCUCGUCUCGUGUUCCUCGGCAUCUCCCUCCCUCCUUCCUCGGCCUUGGGUCUCACGCCCUCUCGUCAACCGCGGCGGCGGCGGCGGACAGCCUUCCUCUCCCCUCGGCGUCGGGUCUCCCGUCGGCCAGGACCAUGGCUGGCGGUUUUAGAGUGCUGCAUCUUGUCAGGCCCUUCCUGGGUUUCUUACCGGAAGUACAGAGUGCUGAUAGGAGAAUUCCAUUCAGAGAAAAACUCAUCUACACCGUUAUUUCUCUCUUCAUUUUCCUAGUGUGCAGCCAGCUCCCGCUCUAUGGCAUCCAUUCAACUACUGGAGCUGACCCUUUCUACUGGUUGCGUGCUAUUCUUGCAUCAAACCGCGGUACUGUUAUGGAGCUGGGUAUCACUCCAAUUGUGACAUCUGGGAUGGUAAUGCAACUUCUGGUAGGAUCCAAGAUCAUUGAAGUUGACAACAGUGUGAGAGAGGAUCGUGCACUUCUGAAUGGUGCACAAAAGUUGCUUGGUAUCCUGAUCGCUAUUGGAGAAGCCGUGGCAUAUGUCUUGUCUGGAAUGUAUGGCAGUGUAAGCCAACUAGGAACAGGGAAUGCUAUUCUCAUUAUACUACAGCUUUUCUUUGCUGGCAUCAUUGUCAUCUGUCUGGAUGAACUUCUCCAGAAAGGAUAUGGUUUGGGUUCUGGCAUAUCUCUAUUCAUCGCUACCAACAUCUGUGAGAAUAUCAUCUGGAAGGCGUUUAGCCCCACAACCAUCAACAGCGGACGUGGUGCUGAAUUUGAAGGGGCUGUCAUUGGAUUGUUCCAUCUGUUGAUUACCCGAACUGAUAAAGUCCGUGCUCUGCGGGAGGCUUUCUACCGCCAGAAUCUUCCAAACGUGACCAACUUACUUGCUACUGUCCUGGUAUUCCUCAUUGUUAUCUAUUUCCAAGGCUUCCGUGUCGUGCUUCCAGUGAGAUCAAGGAAUGCCCGUGGGCAGCAAGGUUCAUAUCCAAUUAAACUGUUCUACACAUCGAAUAUGCCCAUCAUUCUGCACUCUGCGCUGAUUACCAACCUUUACUUUAUAUCUCAGCUUCUUUACAAGAAGUUCAGUGGCAACUUCCUGGUUAACCUUCUCGGUAUAUGGAAGGAAUCUGAGUAUUCAGGCCAUUCUAUUCCCGUUGGUGGUCUUGCAUACUAUGUAACUGCCCCAUCAAGUUUGGCUGAUGUUGUCGCAAAUCCAUUCCAUGCGCUGUUCUAUGUGGUCUUCAUGCUGUCAGCUUGCGCUCUCUUCUCAAAGACGUGGAUUGAAGUUUCUGGUUCAUCAGCGAGGGAUGUUGCUAGGCAGCUCAAGGAACAACAAAUGGUGAUGCCAGGCCAUCGCGAGUCAAACUUGGAGAGGGAGUUGAACAGAUACAUCCCCACUGCUGCUGCAUUUGGAGGAGUGUGCAUUGGCGCGCUGACUGUCCUGGCUGAUUUCAUGGGUGCAAUUGGUUCAGGAACCGGUAUACUGCUCGCUGUCACCAUCAUAUACCAAUACUUCGAGACGUUCGAGAAGGAAAGGGCGACCGAGCUUGGUUUCUUCGGCUUUUGAUCAAGGACUGUAAUAUGGUGUUACUGCUAGCCGUGAUACUGUCUGGGGACCUUGGAUUUAGAAAUUGUAGCAGAGUCUGCGUGUGUGUGUUUUGAGGAGCAUGGUGGCAUGUACAUCGGCCAAGUGCAGCCAUGGCCAAUUAGCCACCAUGUGUUUGUGUUCAGUGGUCUACUGAGUUUUGGUUAUCUUAGUAACCUGAUAUGUUGCCGUUACUUUUGAAGUAAAAUUGUACAUUAGUUUUA